AAUCUUUUUCUUGAAAUAUUUAUUUAUUGUGUAUCUUGCAAAAGAAUAAAAAAAUAAGUUUCUUAAUAAAGUGCAACGAUGACAAAAAAAUCUUUGUAUUUGUUGCAAGGCAAAUAUUAGUACUAAAAUUUAGUACGUAGAAACUUCGUGGUGAGGAACAGCAGCGAUUGUUGCAGAGCUCACAAACACGCAAAAACCAUCAUCUAUUGGAAAAGCAAGUAGAAAUUUCGAACUGGUUAAUGGAUAGACAAACCCUAGCUUCAUCGUCUUCGUCUACCAGUGGUAAUUCUGCCAAUCCUGCGCCGCCGGAGGAUGCGUGGUUCAACACUUAUCUGAAGCUAAUUCCUCAAUGGCAAUCUGUUCACACGGCGAUGAUCCCGGUUGAAAUAUCUAGAGUUAAUCAGGUAGAUGCUGGCAGGCUUGACGUUGAAAUGUCGGCCAUGUUAAAAGAACAGUUGGUUAAAGUUUUUUCUUUGCUGAAGCCAGGAAUGCUAUUCCAAUACGAGCCUGAACUUGAUGCAUUUCUUGAGUUUCUUAUAUGGCGAUUUUCAAUAUGGGUUGAUAAGCCUACACCUGGUAAUGCUCUCAUGAACUUGAGGUAUAGGGAUGAACGUGCAGUUGAGCCAAGGGUAAAAGUUAGAACGGGACUGGAAGGGCCAGGAUUAACUGUUUCUCAGAAGAUCUGGUACUGUAUAGCAACUGUUGGUGGUCAGUAUAUUUGGGCCCGACUUCAAUCGUUUUCUGCUUUUCGUAGAUGGGGUGACACUGAGCAGAGAUCACUAGCUCGUCGGAGUUGGUUUCUCUUACAACGCAUAGAAGGAUUUUAUAAGGCUGCAUCCUUCGGAAACCUACUCAUAUUCCUUUUGACAGGAAGGUAUAGGAGUCUUAUUGAGAGAGCCUUACGAGCAAGACUUGUAUAUGGAAGUCCUAAUAUGAAUCGAUCUGUGAGCUUUGAGUACAUGAACCGGCAGCUGGUGUGGAAUGAAUUUUCGGAAAUGUUGUUGUUGCUUCUUCCACUUCUCAAUUCGUCGUCUCUCAGAAAAGUUCUCCGUCCAUUCUCAAAAGAUAAAUCUUCAAACUCAGAAGGGGAUGAUGCGUUGUGCCCCAUCUGCCAGGCAACUCCAACCACUCCAUUUUUAGCUCUUCCGUGUCAGCACAGGUAUUGCUACUACUGUCUUCGAACAAGAUGCUCUGCAUCCAUGUCUUUCCGGUGCUCAAGGUGUGGCGAACCCGUUGUUGCAAUGCAACGACAUGGGGACUCUGUCCCCAAUGAAACUCGAUGAAAGAGUUGCACAAGCUUUGCUUCAACUCUCAGAACUACAUAAGCUUUACACUCUGCUGUCAACUUCAAUACUAGUCGUGAUCAAAUGGAAGUUGCUAAGAUCCUUAUCUGUCGUUUGCCAUUGUCCACGGCGGCCAUCAUCAGCCCUUUGAAAAGUGAAUUCAUCAGCAGCACCUGCAGUUGCAGGGAUUCCUAUUUGCAGCCAAUGGUUUAUACAGGUCAUUUAAUUUAUGAUAAAGAUUUUAUUCUCUGAUUGCUUGGUAGAAUAUAUAUCCAGACAAUGAUUCUGUACCAUGUUUGAGAGAGAGAGAGAAUAGGUUUCUCACACUUGUAUGAUGUAUAAUGCAGCUUAAUAUCGUGUUUUUCUUCCAUACCAGAAAA